UCUCUCACAAAACCCACAAUUCACUUUCUCAGUUUCAAGAUUUUUCUUUCUAUUUCUUGAUUUUUUUCACUCUUUUUCUUUCAAACAAAUUCCAUAAUUUCCACACAAAAAUGUCACUAAUUUAUUAAAAAUAAUCACAACCCAUUUCAUAAAAUCAAAAACCCAGUUCAAAAACCAUGCCAGAAUCCGAUGAAACCCUAGUUUCAGUUUCCCGGUCAAGAUCUCAGGUCGCCGUCGCUGAAACUUUAACGACAACCCCUUCUCCGGCAACUACUGAAAAGCGUUUACAAAACGGAGAUCUAUACAUUGGAAGCUUUUCCGGCAACGUCCCACAUGGAUCUGGUAAAUAUUUAUGGGCUGAUGGUUGUAUGUACGAAGGUGAAUGGAAAAAAGGUAAAGCUUCUGGUAAAGGUAAAUUUUCAUGGCCAUCUGGAGCUACUUAUGAAGGUGAGUUCAAGUCGGGUCGGAUGGAAGGAUCCGGAACAUUUACUGGGUCAGAAGGUGAUACUUACCGUGGUUCAUGGGUUUUUGACCGCAAACAUGGGUACGGGAAAAAACAUUACAGUAAUGGUGAUUAUUACGACGGUAACUGGAAAAGAAAUUUACAAGAUGGUCACGGCCGUUAUGUAUGGAAAAACGGUAAUGAGUACGUUGGUGAUUGGCGUAACGGCGUUAUUAACGGAAGGGGUGUUUUAAUAUGGGCUAACGGAAACCGUUAUGACGGUAACUGGGAAAAUGGUGUACCAAAAGGACAUGGUAUAUAUACAUGGCCAGAUGGUGGCUGUUAUGUUGGAUGUUGGAGUAAAGAAAAUAAUUUUAAUUUUAAAAACCCUUUAAAACCGAAUCAAAUAUUAAAUGGUACUUUUUACCCUGGUAAUAAUAAUGGGAACAGUAAUUGUGAAAAAAUUGGAUUUGGGGGUAAAUUAUGUGCACCGUUGUUGUUGGAUGAGAAUUUUGUGGUUGCGAAAAAAAGGUCAAGUGUGGAUGGGUCAAGGGGAAGUAUGAAUGGUGAAAGAAAUUUUCCAAGAAUUUGUAUUUGGGAAAGUGAUGGGGAAGCUGGUGAUAUAACUUGUGAUAUAAUUGAUAAUGCUGAGGCUUCAAUGUUGUAUAGAGAUGCAAUGGGGUUAAACCGAGACGAAAUUCGACAAUUUAGACGAAAUCCGUGCUGUUUUAAUGGUGGUGAGGCGAAAAAACCUGGACAGAUGAUUUCAAAAGGGCAUAAGAAUUAUGAUUUGAUGCUUAAUCUUCAACUUGGAAUCAGAUAUUCAGUAGGGAAACAUGCCUCGAUAAUUCGAGACCUUAAGACUAGUGAUUUUGAUCCGAAAGAGAAGUUUUGGACAAGGUUUCCAUCUGAAGGAUCCAAACUUACUCCACCACAUCAAUCUGUGGAGUUUCGAUGGAAGGAUUAUUGUCCGAUUGUGUUUAGGCAUUUGAGAGAAUUGUUUCAAGUAGAUCCUGCGGAUUAUAUGCUGGCGAUUUGUGGUAACGAUGCUCUUCGCGAGCUUUCGUCACCUGGGAAGAGUGGGAGUUUCUUUUAUUUGACACAGGAUGAUCGGUUUAUGAUCAAAACUGUGAAGAAGUCAGAAGUUAAGGUUUUAAUCAAAAUGCUGCCAAGUUAUUACCAACAUGUUUGCCGUUACGAGAACUCUCUUGUCACAAAGUUCUUUGGUGUCCAUUGCGUCAAACCUGUUGGCGGCAUUAAGACUCGGUUUAUUGUGAUGGGUAAUUUAUUUUGCUCGGAGUAUCGAAUUCAUAGAAGAUUUGACCUUAAAGGAUCGUCACAUGGGCGGACUACUGAUAAACCUGAGGAUCAAAUUGAUGAAACUACUACGCUGAAAGAUCUUGAUCUCAACUAUGUAUUCCGCCUUCAAGAAAGCUGGUUCAAAGAGCUAAUCAAACAAAUCAAUCGAGAUUGUGAGUUUUUAGAAGCCGAGAGAAUAAUGGAUUACAGUCUUCUAGUUGGCAUGCAUUUUCGUGAUGACAACACCGGUGACAAAAUAGGUCUAUCGCCGUUCUUAUUGCGAAAUGGAAAGAGCGAUUCAUACCAAAACGAAAAGUUCAUGCGUGGAUGUCGGUUUCUUGAAGCUGAGUUACAAGACAUGGACCGUGUUCUUGCUGGCCGGAAACCGUUGAUUAGGCUUGGAGCGAACAUGCCAGCAAGAGCCGAAAGGAUGGGCAGACGAAGUGAUUUUGACCAAUACACUCCUGGUGGAUUAAACAAUUUCACACCUUCAAGAAGCGGUGAAACCUACGAGGUAGUACUCUACUUUGGUAUCAUCGACAUUUUACAAGACUACGAUAUUAGCAAGAAGCUUGAACAUGCAUACAAAUCAUUACAAGCCGACCCUACAUCCAUCUCGGCUGUGGAUCCAAAGCUAUAUUCCAAACGGUUUCGUGAUUUCAUAGGCAGAAUCUUUGUAGAAGACAGAUGAUCCAAAAACCAACCGGUCAAAAAAAGAUUCAAUCCCCUAAACUCUUUGAAUCUGAAAGACACCAUUGAGCUAUAAAUCAAACCGUUGGUUCAUGCUGAGUUUUGCCUAAUCAGCCGCGGCUCAAGGACCACGAACAACCAUGAUUGGUCGGGUUGUUUGUACAGUGUUGGGUGAGGGAGAAUUUGAUUAUUAUCAUUAUUCUGUGUUUCUUUCUUGAAUUAUUUUCCUUGAAAUUUUUUGUGGGUAGCAAGGAAUAUGUGAAGAAAUAUUUAAAAAAAAAGGUUAUAGGAGGGAAAGGUGGUGUUUGGGAAUAAGUAAAAAAAAUGUACAGUGUUAUAGAGUGAAAUGAAACCAUGGUGGAUUUUUUGAA